GGGGUUUUUUCCUGCAUAGGGGAUGGCGCUACGCAGGAGUGUUGUGCGGCUCGCCACCACGCCGGGCGUCGGCAUCGCGCCGGAGACGACGCCCGUGAAGUACAUUCCAGAGAUGCUGAAUAUCCAAAAUGCGAUGUGGUGGAACAAGCGUGGCAAACCGAGAUACCGCUCCACCUACAACGAAAAGUCGUGGCUGCAGAAGAGCCGCUGGGGCGCCUUCGGUAAGGAAGGCCACCCUGUCUUGCGCCAGCGUUACUCUCCCGCUGCGCUGCAGGCGGCGCUGGCGAUGGUGCCGGCGGGCUUCGAGACGUGCGACGUCGCCCGACCGCCACAACGCAUCCGUGCGCAGUCAGAGGGCGUUGUCGGCCGCUGGUACACGAAUUACUGGACACUGCACUCCAUGCGCUACCAGUGUCACCUUGCCGGCGUGGAGUGGCCCUUCGGUGAACGUCAGCGGCCACGCACCAAUUACGACGAGCCGCAUAUGUACACCGACUUUGAGGAAACCAAGGCCAUUCGCGACUACCGCAGCCGCUGGAUCAACGUGAAUCGCUCGUUGGUAGGGAUGUCGAAGAAGAUGAAGGAAGCGGAGGAGGAGACGCGGUACAUGCAGUUCAAGAAGGUCCAGGACACGUUCUGGUCGAAUAGAAAGGUACUCGUGAACCGUGUGAAGUCCAUGCACAACCAGGGAACGCUGCGUUCCGCGAAGGAUUUGCCUAUCAAGACGUUGAACAUUAAAGCGUUUCUUGCGGAAUAG